UUGGUAAGUACGGCAGCGCCAAAACAUUACUUUCAUAUUUUUGACUUGAAUUAACUUCCCAACUCAUUGCGGAUUCCAAGAGAUUUCCCCGUAUAAUGUUGUUCCUAAAAGACAAGCGUCCCAAACUGGACUUGGCAGAGUACACGGUGAUCAUACCGAGCAUCUGCGUGGGAAAUGCGGCGCAGCUGGCCUGCGACCUGUUGAUCGCGUCCAAGGAACUGCGGCGCAUCGGAUCCCUCACACAUCCGGCUUUAAUUCCGGUCUACGGACCCUCCGCCUACCAGCACGAGCCCAAGGAGAAGGUCUCCUCCUGCGAACUGUACGAGGGCGCCGAGGACAAGCUGCUGGUGGUGCAGUUCCGGGCGCCAUGGGUUGCCCGCCACACGGGCCACUUUCAAAAGGAAAUGGUGAAGCUUUUCCAGGGCGCCCGUCGUGUGGUCAUCCUAAGCGGCAGCUUUGGCUUCGAGAAGCGCGUGAUCGAGGAGUCGCCGUGGGCCUACCGCGCCAGCGACAACUUCAAGGAGUCGCACGCGGCCCAACUGGGAAACCAGGAGCUCAUCAAGUGGAAGGAGCACAAGGGCGAGGCCAUUUAUGGCGGCGGCAACGCGCUGCAGCUGUUCAAGUCCUUUGACGAGCAAAAGGUGCCGGUCAUGCUGCUAUUCCGCUACCUCCUCGAGGGCGACAACUCAAUGGAUGCCUCCCUGAUCGUCCGCGAACUGAACGAACUCUGCGAGGACUUCCUGCAGCUAAGGAAUGGCGGCGAUGGCAGCUUCAAGCUGACGGUGCCCAAGUCUUGGAACCUUCUCUUCGGCAACGAUGUGACGGAACUUUUAUUUUAGUUGGUGGUUUUCAAAAUAAACGUUAAUCUUUUGGUGUAGGAUAAAA